UGGCUAAUGAAGUUGUUUUCAUUGAUAACACAACAAAUUAUUCAAGUGUACCACUCUUUAUCAGCUGCAGAAUAAUUGUCCUGCAUAAUAUGUGAACUUGUCCGUACAGAUUUAAACUCUGUUAUUUAUUUAAUAUGUUUUAAUAAUGCAUCUAGAAUUGUCAGAUUUAUAGGACCAAAAUAUAAUUAGACUAUUUCAGCUACCAUAAAUAUAUAAUAGGUAACUUCUAAUGUCACCCCUGUCCCUUAUUGUUGUCAAAUUUAGUUAUCACCAAGUUGAACUUUUACAUCAGCUGUAGAGGCUUACUACAAUUUAACAAAGAUUUGUCUGGAAAGCGCCAUAGCAUGCCUUUAAGUAUGAGUUUGCUACAUUUGCUUUUUACUGAAUUGAAGAAAAAAUUCAUCUGCAGAAAAAGAAUUUUUUUCAUGGGCGUUUCUUAUUGAAUAAGCAGGACCUGUCCAUACAUACAGGACCAACUAUGUUUGGCUCUAGCUUCACCUCUGGAUAGAAAUGAUCGUUAACUGAGGCAUAUUUUCAAGCAAAUUUCAAUUCUAUUAAAAGUGGACAUCUUGUGCACAAUAUAAACCUCGUUAACAAGAACCCACAGGGUGUUACUGUUUCACUUACAUUGAGCUGGGCACUGCUACCCUGUCCAACAACGAUAUCCGAGUAGUAGCCUCUUUGCUUCGGGGAAAAAUUCUGUGUGUUUGGUGAAACACCACUUGCUUGUGGGAAGGAUGAAGUCCUUACUGUUCUUCGACUUGACUGCGUUAGUCUGUGACUCGCAGACAUCUUUUCUACGUAUUUUAUGGCUUUGCACCGUACGCUAGCGUUUUGUCUAACUUUCGGCGGCCAUUUCCAUUUCCAAUUUGAAAGCGGUAAGUGAGCUACCGACCCAUGGACCUUAUCUACCCAGAAAGCAGUAAAACAAUAUCAAAUAUCGACCCAAGUUUACUAGGCACCAUUAGCGCGUUGUCGUGGAGACUGUCCUAUAUCAAAUAUCGCUUAAAGUCCUGGCCUCAUUCUGAAUCUUCUCUCCUCAAUCUUCCGCCAUGUUAGGUUAGCAUGGGAAAUUGCAUACCAUGACGAAAAACUGCUGCUAAAAAUAUAAACGUUUAAGCACCGUUCUUUGAAGAUUUAGGAAACAUAUUAAUUUGCUAAAAUUUAUUCAAUGGCAACAAACAUGCGAGUUCUUGAAGAAAAAGUAGCAGAUAUCAAAGUGAAUGAUGAUUCCAAUGACCAGGAUGGAGAGAUUACCAACACAACUUCAUCAUUAGAAGAAGAAAAUGAAGCGGAUUUCAAGCACAAUGGUCCUGUGGAAGGUCUGAGUAUUCUUGAUUUACCUCCAGAAAUGAUUCUUAGAAUCUUUGUUCAUCUUGAUAUCAGAACAAUUUUCAAGACAGUAAUUGUCACAUGUAAAACGUUUUAUGAAAUUUUGAGUGCAAAGGAUAUCUGGCAGACUGUGUUUUGCUUGAAAUGGGAGCAUAUCAAUCUUUUGAAAGAUCUUGAAAAUGUGAACAGUUGGAGAAGCAUAUACUCUACCUAUGAUGAUGUUGACAAUUUCUGGAGGAGCAAGGGUGGAUUGAAGCUUAAUUGCAAAAAGCUUUUGGGACACUCAGCACCAGUUGAUGCAGUCCAUGUUAUGCCUGGGAAAAAGUUUGCUGUUUCUGGUUCUAGGGACAGAUCAGUUGUUGUAUGGGAUAUUGAAAAGUUCUCUUUCGAGGAUGAAACUGAAUGUGAUAUCAAGGAAGCUGUCACUUUAUCAGGGCAUACUGGCUGGGUAUGGUCUGUAACAACUGAUGCAAGGCAACCACAUGAAGUUAUCACUGGAUCGUGGGACAAAAGUGUAAAAGUUUGGGACUUGAAUAAAAAUGCAGAGAACAUUCACACGUUCAAGUAUCACCCCUCUGCAAUAUUGACAAUGACAUCAUAUAAUGGGUUGAUCCUCAGUGGUUGUUAUGAUAAGAAAGUGCGCAGUUUUGACCCACGAUCUGAAGAUGUACAAGAAAUUAUACAGCAUAAGGGACCUAUACUGUCACUUAUUGUCCAUGAAGAUUUUGUCAUAUCUGGCAGUGAAGAUAAAACAGUCAGUAUAUGUGACAGGAGAAUGACAGGCCAUACUCUGUCUUCAAUUGGCAUUGGAAGUGAGGUGCUAAGCAUGAAUCUUGCCCAUGAUAUGGGUUUCCAGUACCUGAGAAUUGGUAGCAAAAAAGGUGUCCUCAAUCUAUAUGACACAUCAAGCCAAAAUUUUGUCCUUCUAGAGUCAUAUCAGCUGUGGAAGGACCACAAAGUCCUAAAGCUGGAAAACUUUCAUGGAGCUUUGAUUGCAUGUGCAUCUACAGGAUAUUACAGAGCCUACACCCCAGACAGGAGUUUGAAGCUGCUGGGAACUUUUCAUGAACAUACUUUGGAAAUCUCCAGUGUUCAUUCUAGAAAUGGUAUUAUGGUUACUGGAGGCUGUGAUGAUACUGUUGCCUUAUGGCGAUACAGCAAAGAAUGAUGACAGUUUAAAAAUAUGUAUGAAUCUCGAUUAUCCUGCACUCAUUAACAAACCCCACAAAUUAUUGGUGGGAAAAUCACUUCUCCUUGUCAGUACUUAUAGGUACUGAUGUUUUAGAGCAGUUUAGGAUUGAUUGACGAAUGGCAGGGCCGCAUUUCCCACUGGGCCCUAAAAGUGUUAGUGUGGCCCUGUUGAAUGAGACAUAGAAACAAGGCAGAGGGGCACUUGACUACCUGUGUAUAAAAAAUUGCAGGUCCCAAGACUUUUUCAUCAGUUUUCACCCUACUAAAAAAAACAUAUUUCCAUACCCAAAUGAGUAAAUUUGAGAAAUCUAAGACAGAUGGCUAGAAUGAUGCAGCAUAUUUCUACACACAAGAAGAAUGUUGCCAUAUCACUUCAAUUUGAUAAAUAGACAAAAUAUUGAAUUUAUAAGUGAAAACUAAAGCCAAGGCUUUUUGCAAAAUAAUAUGCAAAAUUACUGUUAACGAUCACAAUUGUUCAUAAGAAUAUUUAUAUGCCUAGGUAAUGUAUCAGGUAAUUUAAUUGUACUUUUAUAUUUUAGUUGUAAGAAAUAAUUUACCAGUAAACUUGAUUGUUCUCUUUUGUUUUGUAGUUUCCUGCUUACUGAGAUUCUAAAUUGAAAUUUGUCGAAAAGAAGUCAUUUUCUAGGUAUCAUCUUUUCUACCCAAUGUUAUGGUAAAUUGUUUUCUAUGAAAUAAUUUAACGGAAAGGAGAGCAAAUCGAUUCUAUUCCAAAUAAUUAUCUCCACAAGGACAAAAAUUAUCUCUGAGCAAUUCUUUGCAUUUAUCAAGAGGGAAAUGCUCUGAGAAAACCUAUAGACAAAGAAGCCACCGGUAAUGUGAUAACAAGCAGAAUUUCAAAGGCGUGUCUAUGUAAGUAAACUAUUUUCGAUAAACAUUAAUAGCGCUUUGGAUAAAAUAUGGCUUCUAUGGCAUCAAAACA